GUACACAUGCUGUCAAAGCAAAUUCAAAUUCAAAACAAGCUUUUGAAACCGUAACAGUUAUUGACGUUAAUAAUUUUUAGUCUUGUUUUGUGCCUGUAAAUUGUAAUAUUAAUAUAUUAAUUAAUAAUACAAUGGCAGAGUUUAAAACACCUAUCAAAACUAAAGGUCGGGAUCGAGAUGAAACAAUAACAAUACCUCCGUCACCGUUUUUGAACAGACUUGGUUAUGGAACUGGUGUAAAUGUGAUGCAGCUAGUUAGAUCACCUCGGGCGGGACAAGUCCGUUCGCCAUGGGCUCUGAAGAUGUUGAACCGGCGUGUGAAACCCAACAAGGUUUACACACAUCGCUUGAAAGCUGAAGCUGACCUACUACGUCGCAUGUCACACCCUAACAUUGUUGGGUUCCGCGCGUUUAGCAAUGCAAAGAUUUUGUACCUGGGUAUGGAGGCGUGUGACCUCUCCCUGGGUGAUAUGAUUGAGAAAAGGAUUGAAACCAAUAGCGAGCCUUUCCUUCCUAGACAAAUGUUAAAAGUUUGUGCAGAUAUAGCCAGUGCCCUACACUAUCUUCACACAAACAUGCAAAUUCUGCAUGGAGAUAUGAAGUCAUACAACAUCUUGGUGAACGGAGAUUUUGUAAUCUGUAAGCUUUGUGACUUUGGUGUCUGCCUGCCCCUUGAUGAAAAUGGUGUCUUUGACAAGACUAUGGCUGGGAAAGCUACAUACUUUGGUACUGAAGCUUGGAGUGCUCCAGAAGUGAUCCACGGAGGUGAGAUCUCCAGUAAGACAGACAUCUGGCCGCUGGGGCUCACUCUGUGGGAGAUGAUGGCCCUGGUCCCUCCACACACACAGACAGAAGACACAUACAUGGAGGAUGACAGUAUACAGUGCCUGGAUGACUCCAUGGACAGUGUGACUGAUUACUUCUCAGAUAGAUAUGGUACCAGGCCAGCUGUACCAGCAAAUAUCUCUGAGAAGGUGUACAUUCAUCCCCUCGCCCUGUUCCACUGCUGCACGGAGACGAUGCCGGCCAUGCGACCCUCGGCACAGCAUCUGUCUAUAGCUGCAGUGGACAUGUUGGAACAAUGCGAGGCAGGACGAUAAAUUAUACAUUUGUACCUAAUUGAUUAGUUUUAAGGGUGUAGUAGUUACUACACUACAGGGUAAAAUUACUCAUUUGUAUUUUACUUGGAUGUUUUGUUAUUAACUUGUAUUCUGUGAGUACAUAGACUGACUGUUUUUAUUAUUAAUGGCAAGAUUAUGUAUUAAUAUUGAUACUUUAAUAAAUUAACAGUAUUUUUUAAGUA